AUGGAUGGCUACAUCCGAAUGGUCAGCUGUCUGGACGACUUUGAUCCUCAAGCUUUAGCGGCUGAAGAUUUGGAAAGAACUAUGACGUCUCUGAAGCAACAACUGCUUAGAACGGAGGCUGCUAAAAUAUUGUUGCCUGCCAAGGAGACCUCAUUUAGCCGUGUUGCAUUGGGGAGAUUAUCCCAUCUGCUACAUCUGAUAUUUAGACCUGAUAAGUGGCACGAACCAAAAGUGGCAGCCCUCAGGGAGCUGGACCCUGUGUCAUUGAUCAUUUGUGGACUGAGCCUGACGCAAAAAGCUAUUGAGGUUAUGCGAAAAGAGCUUUUUGAUGUAUUGCUUGAACAAGCUGUGAUCGCUUCCCAAACUGCCGUGAAGACUAUCGCUAAAUGCGACGAAAUCAACAGGGUAGUCCUAAGCUCAUCGGCCGACGAAGAUUUCCUGAAAAAUUUCAUUACUCUGAGACGAAUAGGUAAUGGCAACUUACGCCCAAAUCUCCAGUACUCUCUGUGCGGAGGACCGUGCUGGUGCUAUACUUCGAUCGUUAAGCCUGAAUCCAUGCACAUUGCAUUCCCUCGAUUGCUGAUUAAAGCUGUUCGUGGCUAUGUCACAACUUUUCUUCCAUCCGAAGGAUCGACGGAUGGACUGAUCAGAGUGAUGGUGAUGUUUGACCAGAGCCUCCUUCAAAACCUAUUCGGCAGUCCAGAAAGCGACACAAUGGCUGCUGGUAAGCAACUCUCAGGUCGAAUUUUGACUUCUACUGACUUAAAAAAGAGCGGUUUUCCAUAG